AAGAUCUCUGUUGCUGUUUUUUUUCGCGUUCAAGAUCCAAUCAAAAAAAGAAGUAUACUCAUUCACGCACAGAUAUCGGUCACUAGUUGCUAGCAGAACCAAACAGAAUGUACUGCGAAACAGCGGGUCGCUUCCGCUCGAGCGGGUGUGAAGGCACCGAAACCAAGCCGAGCACAUCAAUGCCGAGGAAAGACCGCAGCACGUGUUGUAAGACGAAGGCUUUAAUGUCUCUCGACGCCCUCACAACAAGUGGGCGAAAUGGGUCCAGCAGAAGAAAAUCAAAAACCGGAGUAGCAGCAGCUCGACCUGCUCAACAACAUUCCAAACCGGCACGCCGGCGCUGCAGCAACUGGUCGGCGCCGAUGAAGAAAGUCGCAAAGGGUUGCGUAGCGUCAGCCGCGGUUUUCUUCUCUCCCAAUGCGCCACUCUCUGGUGUCCAGGCCGCUGUCGACGAAAACGGCAACGUUGUCGAUGGCGGGGAGAUGAAGAUUAUGAUGCCUCCUACGCCCGAAGGGUUCAACGCGAGCGAGCCGGAUCCGGAUCCGCCGAGCCAGGACCGGAUUCUGAAGCUGCUGAUGUACGAGCUUGGGCAAUACAACUCGUUCAAGAUCCCGCGGUUCGUCAAUUUCUACGAGUACGAGGACUUUCAGGACAAGGACUGCCCGCAGAAGCUGGUGCAGAUGACCAAGGAGUUUCAGGAUUUGUCCGAAACCGUAACGCAGUGGCACUACAAUUUCACCGGAACCGCGGGGCUUUUCUACCUAGUGCAGGACAAAAACGCACCGGGCAUCGACAUCAGCUGGCUGUGGAUGGCACAACACUUCCAGCAUCGCGUGUCCUCGCUGCUGCAGCGCUUCAUCGCGUGGAUAAUGGUACUUGAUAUCACAGUUCGUUAUUUAUUCCCACUUGUGUUUAGCGGCGGUCACCUUACCAAUACUAGUGCAGCAGCUGUGUAUGACAGUUGACGUGAAGUCCAUCUUCAUGUUGAAUGAUAAAGAACAACUUCGAGUAGAAGUGAUUCUCGGGAAAGAAACUCGUUCAAAAUUUUGUCAAAGGUUUUCUCCCUGUCGACCAAUUCCCACGACCCCGGUUGCCUGUACUUCACGCCCGGCGUAAGAAAAAUCAUCGUCGAGAUGCUCACGCAUAUGAAACGGUUGCAGCAGGACAAUAUGGCUUUGUUAUGGAACGGGGCCGCUUUUGGCAUGCUGGGGGACGUCACCCGAGACGACUUUGAGGAAUGGGAACUAACGGAAGAGGAAAAAGUCGACUUCGGCAUCGCCAACAAAACCCGGGAGCAAAUCAUUGAAGACAGGAAAAAACCAAAGAGCAGGUAGAAGUUUCACUUUCCGUUGUCCACCUCCUCUUGAAGUAGUUGAACACAAAAUUUUGCAGGAUCAGGACCAGUGUAUAAGUUGAAAAUCUCGAAUGAAUACAAAUCUCUUGCUCUUUCUCAUCCAGAUUUUCGCAGAACCUGAUAUUCGCGAACAUGUAUACGGGUUCUGUGUCCCAGUGGGCGAACUUCUACGCGUACCGCAUGACGAACGAGGUGCAAACCGUUUUGACCAAGUGGGAUGAGGUGAAGCAGGAGAUUGCCAUCGAGGCACAGGCGCACGACAAGGUCAAGUCCCACCACCAGAACGAGCACGGCAUGUUUUUGCCGUAUGAACUGUGGCGCCGGGAGGUCUUCAAGCAGUGGGCCGUAGACAAGGGGCUUCUGCGGGGAAUCCUGAGACACGUCGUGGACGAUCUCUAUGCGGUGCGCUCCCUGGCAGACUUCGGCGCCGGCGGCGGACACUACGCGAAAUGGCUGAACGACACCGGGUUGCUCACCGCAUUUGCCUACGACGGAAUUCAGGGUAGAAAGUGAACUGUUGGGGCGAUGAUGUGAAUCACAAUGCUGGUCGUCAUUUGGAAAAUAUUUUUUCACAUUUAUCAAGAAGUUCUUUCCGCAAAAUGUUCUCUAUCCCUCCAGGUGUCACCGACGUGACAAAAGGCGCUGUGCAGUACUGGAACUUGGUAGAGGACCAGGAUGGGCACCCGCGCACCUACGACUACGGCAUGUGCCUGGAGGUUCUCGAGCACAUUCCCAAGGAAUUCUCCGGCAGCGUUAUCACGACGAUAUCCAAAUACGUCAAGAACCGGCUCAUCAUGUCCUGGAGCAGCGACCGAGAGGGUAUCGGCCACGUCAACUGCAAGGGGGAGGAAGAGUGGGUGCCGUACGUGGAAAGCUUUGGGUGGAAGCAGAACAAGGAGCUCACCUUCAUGCUGAAAAACAAUGCCACAGUCGAGUACAUCUCAAACUCGGUCAACGUCUUCGAUCGGGUGGCGUGAUGAAUAUGGAAAAAGUGCUGGUAGGGAACCCACGGGGUCGCAAUCCUGCUCGGUUUUUUUACCAUGCCUCAAGCGAAGUUGUUAAGUAAGUACGAAUGAAAUGAAGUCGCUCAAUUUGAUAUACAUUUUCGAGAACUUUCUUUCCCCACACUAUAUUCGAUGUCAAGAUAGCUCAAUGUUGCCGUGAAUGUGACUCGCUCGAGAACAUUGCUCGACGUUUGACAAAAGUGCUCGGUAUGAACAGUGAUAGAACGACAGUAAGUGCCAGUGAAUCUUCACCCAGCUCGGCUUUGAAAAAAAAGGCAAGCUCCGCAACGCACGAGAAACUGCAAAACUCUGUGCCCUCUUUUGUGUAAAGCUGGCAGAAUGCUCCUCGGUCAACUGAGUUUAUUAGGAAAAAGCAAAGAAAGAAAAACAAAUUUAAUUUCGGUGUACAAAGUUGUACUUCGUUUGAUGCAAAAAAGUCUGGACGGAUCGGUGCCUCUCGUACAUCAAUGUCGUGGAAAGUCGAAACAUCCUCGGUCCUGCUUGCAGUCGUUCGCAUCCUUCUCGGUAUGUGUGAUCUUAUCGUGGAACUAAAGACUGUCGUCCUUUCUGUCAUCGUGCAAAAAUGUAAGCGUUUGGGCAGCUUUCGUCACGAUUGGCCAAAACGUCGCUGAAUGUCGUCCUACUGUGCACGAAUAAAAUGAUCACAGGGCCCGUACCAGCAGCGUGACGGAC